UACACCACCAAAAAACCGCUGGCCAUCUCUCUCUUUCUCCACCCUGCAAACAAAACACCAUUUCAUAACCUUCAAAUUUUGUUUCCGAAAAAAAAAAACAAAAUUAAAUUAAAAAAAUUUCCACACAAACAUCCAAAUUCAUACCAAAUCAACCAUCAAAAAACCCUAACUUCCACAUUUAAUCCUCCAAUCAUUCUGCCGUUAGGGUUUACAGAUCGAACAACAAUGACGUCAUCAUUCCGACGUUAAAACUUUCAUAUUUUUCUAGAUUCUUCUUCAGCUUAACCAGAGGGAUAUACGUUGUUCAUUCAUUAGCUCUGUGUGAGUGUGAGUAAUUAUUCGACUAUCGCGAGCCUGUUUAAAGAUUUGAAUUUGCGGAAGUUACGUUCAAAACAUUAGAAUCUCGUCAUCAUGGUUGCUACUGCCGCCACUGCUUCACUAUUUCCAAUUUCAUCUCCGCAACCCGAUUCUGGCGCGAAAAAUCCCGGUAAGCACGGAGGCUGUUUGGGUAAUGUAGACGUGCGUGGAAUCAAGUCAAAGUCAACUUCCUCCAACGGUCUGCAAGUCAAGACCAACGCGCAGGCACCUGCGAAGGUGAACGGUACACGCAUAGGUGUUAUGGACGGCCUCAAAACCGAUGAUAUUUCAACAUCGAGUGCCCCGCGAACUUUUAUUAAUCAGUUGCCUGAUUGGAGCAUGCUUCUUGCUGCGAUUACUACUAUUUUCUUGGCUGCUGAAAAGCAAUGGAUGAUGCUGGAUUGGAAAACGAAGCGUCCGGAUAUGCUUGUUGAUCUGGAUCCGUUCGGUUUCGGGAGGAUUGUUGAAGACGGGUUUGUGUUUCGACAAAAUUUUUCGAUUAGAUCGUAUGAAAUUGGGGCGGAUCGGACUGCGUCGGUGGAAACAUUAAUGAAUCAUUUACAGGAAACAGCCCUUAAUCACGUAAAAAACGCUGGACUCCUUGGUGAUGGAUUCGGUUCAACACCCGAAAUGUGCAAACGCAAUUUAUUUUGGGCGGUCACAAAGAUGCAAGUGCUAGUAGACCGUUAUCCAACAUGGGGUGACGUGGUACAAGUUGAUACUUGGGUAGCCGCUUCUGGGAAAAACUGUAUGCGUCGUGAUUGGUUGAUUCGCGAUUGCAAAACGGGCGAGAUACUCACACGAGCUUCUAGUAACUGGGUGAUGAUGAAUAAAGUUACAAGGAGGUUAUCGAAAAUUCCGGAUGAAGUCCGAACUGAAAUUGAGCAGUAUUUUGUUGACACGCCUCCUGUUAUUGACGAUGACAGCAUAAAAUUACCAAAACUUGAUGAAAACACUGCUGAUCAUGUUCGUAGCGGUUUAACUCCAAAGUGGAGUGAUUUGGAUGUCAACCAGCAUGUCAACAAUGUGAAGUAUGUUGGCUGGAUUCUUGAGAGUGCACCGCAGCCUGUUGUGGAGAACUAUGAGCUUGCAAGCAUCACUCUGGAGUACCGUCGGGAGUGUAUGAAAGACAGUGUUUUGCAGUCACUCACCGCCUUACUGGGCGGUGAAGGGGCGGUGGAUUCUGGCGGCGUUGACUGUCAACACUUGCUUCGCCUAGAAGGCGGUGGUGGUGAGAUUGUGAAGGGAAGGACCAAAUGGAGGCCCAAAUUUGUGAACAGAUUUAAAAACAUCAAUCAGUUCCCUUCUGAAAGUGGCUAAUGGUAGUUUUCUUUGUUUUGAUACUAGUGGUUCUUGCAAUGUUUUGACCUCUCUCUCUCUCUCUCUCUCUCUCUCUCUAUAUAUAUAUAUAUAGAUAUAUAUCUAUAUAUAUUGUAUGUUUGUUUUUUUAUUUUUUUGUUUUAUUCUUAUUUUUAGUUUGAGAAAGGAGAGAAGUGUAAGCCUAUUGUAAGUAAUCCCUUUUGUGAAAAAGAAAUCUACUCUAUUUCUCUCCUUUUCCCUAACAGAAUCUGCUUAUAUCCAAUGUGGCAAUUCUUUAUUAUUUAUAAUUAUAAUGAUAUAUUCAUUUUUA